AUGGCAUCACCUGAACCGCCAGUGCCCUUGAAGGACCACUGCUCAAUUAUUCACGACAACGUCCUCUACGUCUAUUCUCCUACUGCCUUCCUGACUCUGCCCCUGUCGAAGAAUGCUACCUGGAGUACCGAAGAGAACGGAGUGUCGGUCACAGGUGCACGGUGUGUAAAAGGUGGCCUAGAUGGUGAUAGCAACAACCCGGCACUAUACGUUGUGGGAGGUGCUACCAACAGCUCAUUCUCAGACUACCCCGGUUUACAAAGAUAUUCGAUAGCCCAGAAGAGAUGGGAGAUAAUCACUCCUAUGUCGGCGGUGACCGCAAACCGAUUGUAUCACGGUGCCACGUAUCUGAAUGCUUCUUCCGCCUUACUUGUGUACGGCGGCUCACAAAACAACAAUCUCGGACUUUCGACUGAAACCUUCCUCAUGCUUAUGUAUCCUCCAUAUCGAGUCCAAGCAUAUUCAUCCAUAGCACCAGCCGUGGUGAAUCCUUCCCUCCUCCCCUUCACGGAAGAUAAGGCACUGUUGGUUGGUGGAGGCAACGGCAAUCAAGCGGUCUUUGCUUUCCAUCCUGAUCCUGGCUGGGUCAAUCUUGGAGUAGUGCUUCCAUCCGUACUUCCUGAUCCUUCGAUAGCUCAAGUUAACUUGCAAGCCUUGGCGGACGGCACAAGGAUACUGCAAACGUUUUACACGAACGAGACUCCUAACCGCAUCACAAGGAAUGUAAUCACCAAUCCUGGCUUCAUUCCUGCACCAUAUGGUCAGACUAUCGGCGAGCCCGCAACUACUAGCGCGAGGAUGGUUCGCAGGCAACUGAUUCAGGGUAACUAUCCUGCUUACAACAGCACCAACGCGCCCACAGAGCAGCGGACAGGCGCGUCGUUGGCGUCUAGUUCGAAUCUUGUUGCUGUCGUUGGAGGCGACGCUAAUAGUACUGUAUCAGUUUUCGAUUCAACAAGUAAUAGCUGGUUAGAUUCGAGGGCACUGUUCGGCGAUACGCAAUCCAUCUUGACAGCAUCUAGCACAUCCUCAUCCACCCCGACCUCUACUCCCACCACAAGUCAGACUCGUGCUGCUACAUCGGCUGCAUCGUCAACCCCAGCCGCUGCACCGUCCGACGGUAGCGGCACUAAUGGUCUCGCUAUACUUGGAGGUGUCCUGGGUGGUAUAUGUGGUCUCGCAGCUAUCCUAAUUAUCACGUUACUGUGGUUGAGAUCUGUCAAACGGAGGCAGGCUCUCGAAGCCAAGAAUAAACAAAAUGAUCCAGCGUAUCCUGACGAUAAACACAGACAUCUCUCACCUGGUGGGCAGGGUAGUAAUGGAAGCACACCAUUAUCACAGCAGGCGCAACCUAUGGGUCGAAGUCCUGUCCCCUCAGCUAUCAUCGCAGAUCGAGACUCUCUUGCUUUGUUCGGCAAAGAUGGAGAGAAGAGCAUGGAACCACGAAUGCAGCCUCCGAGUGGUUCCAAACUAAACCCUAGCCAUGGCGUAAAUAACAACAUCACUUUCUUUAAGAGCAAUAACAAGACUCCACUGACCAUUUCGAAGCCUAUGAUGCCUGAUCUAGGCGACUAUCAGGAACGUCCCAGUGUUGAUCUUGGCAAAGCCACUCCUGCCGCACCUGUAUUGCCUCCUAUUGGUGGCGUGUCGCAGCAAAAAGCAGACCAGAGGAAAACAGACGAGGGCUGGGCAAAGUAUUUCCAAGCAGACAAGGACGAGAAGUUGCCGCAACGUGAGAGUGGUUAUACUGUGAACUACGAAGAUGAUCCGAGACGUUCGACCUCAAGGCCCAGCACAGCUAAAGGCGGCGGGACGGGGUUUUGGCCUGGCACUGGUGUACCUACCUCCAACAGGUCUAACAAGCUACCUACAAGGGACAGUGCUGGCAAUCUGCUCACUCAUGCUACUGUUGCAGCACCAAGCCCAAGUCUAGUUGUUGGUCACCAGAACCCACAAACACGCGAUUUGUCAGUAGCAGCGCCUGCGAAAGCCAAGAUAUCUAGCGCAGAUUCCAUUAGUACUGAUCAUAGCUCUGACGAUGGAUAUGAGGACGAGGAGAUGGACGCCUAUUCCGAUACCCGAGAAAGCACAUAUCAGCAGAAUGCUUGGAACCCCAUCGGCAAUACUUGGUCAGGCCCUAAUUCGAGACCCUUGAGGCCGCCCAGUGUGAGAAUAGGAGCUGCUGCCUUCCCACCACCUACCUCAAUGUCCGAAGAGACCACGAACACAUCCACAAGUGGAGCAUCCUCCAUUCCGGCCUUCCCACUGCCCACCGCUUCUAUCGGCAGAGCAGAUACCACGGACCAGUAUCACUGGCUUACGACAGUAGAUAGACCCCCUCCGCCGGCUGUGCUCAAAGCUACUUCUGGACAUACAAGACAACCAAGUAACACAGUACGAUUGCAAGGUGGACCGCCGGUACAGGAUUACUUUGGUCCACCACCCGGCACAGCAUCGUCUCAAGGGACGUUUGGUGGCAGGCCUCAUGAUAGUAACGACAUGUCUUGGUUGAACUUGGGCACACCAGCUCACGUACAUGGCGGUCCACCACCAGGCGAUCCGCGAGAUCCUGCGUGA